GCUGGUAUAAUCUCUGUUGUUCUAACUGUUCUCCCUCUUUUUCCCUUCCUGUUUUGGGCCAUGUUUCCAAAUACAGAGGAGAGGCCUAGAAUAAAACUAACUGCUCCUAAAAUACCAGAGGGUGAGAAAGUAGAUUUUGAUGACAUCCAAAAGAAAAGGCAGAACAAAGACCUGAUUGAACUACAAGCCUUGAUUGACAGCCACUUUGAAGCCAGGAGAAAGGAAGAGGAAGAGCUGGUUGCCCUCAAGGAGAGAAUUGAGAAGCGUAGAGCUGAAAGAGCAGAGCAACAGAGAAUCCGGGCUGAGAAGGAGAAGGAGCGUCAGGCAAGGCUUGCGGAGGAAAAGGCACGGAGAGAGGAAGAAGAUGCCAAAAGAAAAGCUGAGGAUGAUCUCAAGAAGAAAAAGGCUCUGUCCUCCAUGGGUGCCACAUACAGCAGCUAUCUGACUAAGGCUGAUCAGAAGAGAGGAAAGAAGCAAACAGCUAGAGAGACAAAGAAGAAGGUCCUGGCAGAGAGGCGCAAGCCAUUGAACAUCGACCAUCUUAGUGAAGAUAAGCUGAGGGACAAGGCUAAGGAACUGUGGGACUGGUUAUACCAGCUGGAGACUGAAAAGUAUGACUUUACAGAACAGAUCAAGAGGAAAAAAUAUGAGCUUUUAACAAUGCGUUGCAGGCUGCAGGAGCUUUCCAAAUUCAAGAAGGCAGGACCACCAAAGGGCAAGGUUGGCGGGCGCUGGAAGUAAAGAACCAGGCAGGAUGGCCCUUAGUGGAGUGCCAAAACCCUGCUGGUCUCCUCUUUCUUCCGUCACCAAUUACUUGUGUUCCUACGCAUCAAAGCUAACAAAAAUCACAACAUCAGCCUGCAUUGGCUAUUGCUGCUGCUUUUCUUCUUUUUCUUCCUGGAGGGGUCUGUCGGCUUCCUCAGUCAAAAGGAAGCAGGUUCCCUGUGGAACUGAAAUGACUCCUUGCUGGCAUCUUCAAUUCCUGCUGAGCAUGUCAUUUAUCCUCCUGAUACCAUCCCUAUGCUGUCCUGUAGAUUGCUGUGUACAAAUCUCUGGAUUUUGUAAAUAAAGCACAACUAGUACCUACUCCAAUAACA